AUGUCUUCAUUAUCUCAAUUAUGUCGCCUAAGUAAUUAUGUAGUAGGAAGUUAUAAAACCUAUAUUCACUCAAGGACCACCUGGCUAAAUAGUAUACAAGUAUGUAGUUAUACUAAGAAAUCAGCCGAAGCCAAGUUAGGCAUAGAAAAACCUAAAAGGCCUUUGACUCCGUUUUUUAAAUUUAUGACACAAAUGAGACCGGCACUACUUGCAAAAAAUCCUGGAAUCUCUUCAAAAGAAGCUAUUGCAUGGACUUCAAAACAUUGGCAACAACUAGAUACAGAGACAAAAACACAAAUGGUUAAGGAAUAUGAAAAAGAUCUAGAGGAUUAUAAGAAGAUUAAGGCCAUGUAUGAGGCUUCCCUGACAGAACAACAGAAAGAAGACAUUAAAAGAGUAAAAGCUGAAAUGGCUGCAUCAAAGGAAAAGAGGAAAUUAAAAGCUGAGUUAAAAGAAUUGGGCAAGCCUAAAAAACCAAUGUCAUCUUAUUUCCUAUUCACACAAACAAAAAAAGAUUUGUUUAAAGGGAAUGAAAUGAAAGAAUACCAGGAAAAGAUCAAAGCUGACUGGUUAACCUUACCAGACAGUGAGAGAAUAAAAUUUGAGAAACAAGCUCAAACAUUAAUGGAGAAAUAUAAAAAAGACUUAGAGGCUUGGGAAUUGAAAAUGAUUGCAAUUGGACAAGAGUCUUCACAAAGUGAUGUUACAGCCAGUAUUCAACAAAAAGAGCAUACAGAGUCACAAGAACGUCAGAGUACGGGUGAAACAAUAGCUGAGAAAAAUCAGCCAGAGUCAAAGCAAAUAGUACAGUAUGGAAAAAAAAACAAACAA